GUGACGGAACUGCACCUCCUGGAGGGGCCGACCCCCGAGGCUGGCUGCGAGGGUGUAGGCGAGCAGCGGUGCGGGCCGAGCUCGGACUCGACAUGUAAUCAUGGACUGCAGGACCAAAGAAAAUCCAGAAAGAACAUUUGACUUGGUAUUGAAGGUGAAAUGUCCUGCUAUUGAAAAUGAAGAAGCAGUGGUACUAUGGAAAUUCCCAGAAGACUUUGGAGAUCAGGAAGUGCUACAGAGUGUGCCAAAGUUCUGUUUCCCUUUUGACAUUGAAAGGGUUUCCCAAAAUCAAGUUGGACAGCACUUUACUUUUGUGCUAACAGAUAUUGAAAGUAAACAGAGAUUUGGAUUCUGUCGUUUAACAUCGGGAGGCAAAAUUUGCUUAUGUAUUCUUAGCUACCUUCCAUGGUUUGAAGUGUACUACAAGCUUUUAAAUACUUUGGCAGAUUAUUUGGCUAAGGAGCUGGAAAAUGAUUUGAAUGAUAUGCUAAAAUCAUUAUACAGUCAACCUGUACCAAAGGCAAACAUUUCUGUCAGUUUGAAUGUGCAGUCUUACUUCAUUGCCCCGGAUUUAACUGGACUACCAACAAUACCUGAAAGUAGAAAUAUUACAGAAUAUUUUGUUGCUGUGGAUGUGAACAAUAUGCUGCAACUGUAUGCCAGUAUGCUACAUGAGAGGCGCAUCAUCAUUACUGCUAGCAAAUUAAGCACUUUAACUGCUUGCCUUCAUGGAUCAACUACACUAUUAUAUCCAAUGUACUGGCAACAUAUUUAUAUCCCAGUGCUUCCACCACAUCUACUGGACUAUUGCUGUGCCCCAAUGCCAUACCUGAUUGGAGUUCACUCCAGCCUCAUAGAGAGAGUGAAAAAUAAAUCAUUGGAGGACGUGGUUAUGUUAAAUGUUGACACAAACACUUUGGAAACACCAUUUAAUGACCUGAACAACCUACCAAGUGAAGUGGUCUCGGCCUUGAAAAAUAAACUGAAGAAGCAGUCUACAGCUACGGGUGAUGGAGUGGCUAGGGCCUUUCUUAGGGCUCAGGCUGCUUUGUUUGGAUCCUACAGAGAUGCACUGAGAUACAAACCUGGAGAGCCUAUCAGUUUUUGUGAAGAUAGUUUUGUAAAGCAUCGUUCCAGCUUAAUGAAACAAUUUUUGGAAAAUGCAGUGAACCUUCAACUUUUCAAGCAGUUUAUUGAUGGUCGACUGGCAAAACUAAAUGCAGGAAGGGGAUUCUCUGAUGUAUUUGAAGAAGAGAUCACUUCAGGUGGCUUCUGUGGAGGAAACUCAAGAUCUUAUCAGCAAUGGAUGCAUACAGUCAAGAAAGGAAGUGCAUUAUUUAAUACAGCAGUGACUAAAGCAACCCCUGCCGUACGAACAGCAUAUAAAUUUGCAAAGAAUCAUGCUAAACAAGGAAUAAAAGAAGUAAAGAGUAAACUAAAACACAGGGAAAAUGAAGAAGAUUAUGGAGCUUGCUCUGGUUCUGUACAAUAUACACCAAUGUACACAUUACACAGCGAAAAAGGUGGGAAACUAGAGAAGCGUAAACUAACACAGGCAUGCUUAAAAAGACCAGUUAAAAGUACUGACUGUGUCCUGUUUGAAGAUGAUGAUGAUGACAUGGACAGAGCUAGCAAGUUAUCAUCAGAAGACAGUGAGGAAGCUUCUGCUUAUUUUUAUGAAAGUGAUGAUUCUGUUGAAGCUAGAGUAAAGACUCAUUAUCCAGGUGAAAUGGACUUACUAGGAGAAAUUCUUGAUACUUUGAGUACACAUAGCUCAGAUCAAGGAAAGCUAUCAGCUGCAAAGAGCCUGGAUUUUUUUAGAUCAAUGGAUGAUAUUGAUUACAAGCCUACGAACAAAUCCAAUGCACCUAGUGAGAGUAAUCUGGCUGUACUUUGUAGCAAUUCUGAUGAUCAAGCUGAAUGGAACCUUGGUCAGGAUGAUAGUGCUCUCCGUGGAAAACAUCUCCCACCAUCUCCAAAGAAACAUGCUUCUUCUGCUGGUUUAACAGAAUCUCUCUUCAUUCUGAAAGAGGAAAAUGGUGAAAAACACCUUAGUGCCAACAAUGUGAAUUGCCCAGUGAUGGUGGUAAAUUCAACUUCUCCUGUAGAAUCAAUUUUACAACUUGAUUCUUCAGAAGAUUUACAAACAAAUAGUCCUUUCCAAGGAAAAACUGACAAUAAUGAAACACUAAGCCAUACCUCAGAUGAUCAACUUGAUCUCCGCCUUAGACGACACCUAUCUACACUAGUUCCUUGGGAAAAAGAUGGGAACGAAGUAAAGGAAACUUCUGGAGAUGUUGGACUACUUCAUGAAGUAGUGACAUUAUGUCAUAUGACAUCUGCAUUCCAUCAUGGUUUAAAUAUUUCAGAGGAUAACAGCAGUGGAAAUAAAGCUUAAGUUGAUUGUCAAAGAGGAGAUCACUUUCUUCAAAGGUUCAUAAGGAAUCCUCUUAGACUUUCAAGUUAUAUGUUAAACAAGUUUUGUAGGAAUCAUAAGUCUUAUAAUUUUGAAAUAGUUUGCGUUGGUACAUGAAUUUUGCCUGUUCAGUAAUUUAAUGGCUAUUUCAUCUAUUGAUUUGUUUAUUCAAAGUCUUAAAGAUAAAGCCAACAGUGCUGUUGUAUUCUUAAAUCAGGUACUAGUUUGUUGAGUCUACAUAUUUAAUUGAUUGCCCCUGGAAUAUGGUGCUUAAUGUCAUCCAUUUCAUUUAUCCAGAGGGAAACAUAUAUAACUUUCAGAUAAUCAAUUAGUACUGCAUCCAUUUGGUUGAGCAUGAGCUGAACAAGUUGUUAUAAAAUGAGCCUGAAAUUCUUAAAAUACUGAUCAGCAAAUUGCCUUAAUCUUAAGCCUAUAUUAAAUAUUACACAAUAAUCAUGAGUCAUUUAUAAGACUAUACUUGUCUUGGAAGGCAAAUGUUCUGAAGAGCAAUAAUGACUUUUUAUGCAUUGUGUCAAGGGCCAAAAGCACUUUUUCUAAAGUAAAAGAAUCUCAUAGAAAUGUUGCAUGUGAUUUAUAGAAAGAAAAAUAAGGCCAUGUCUUCCAAAAAUUUGAAAGGUACGAGCUUACCUUUUAUUCAGUAUAUGAAGUGCUGAAACAUAAUGUGAAGUGAAUGAACUUCUGUUUACAACUGAGACACUUUAGUUUCCUCUGCCCCCAUGUACAUCUCUACUAUCUAGGAGUCUUGAGAAAGGGAAAUAUGGUAUAAACUAAUUUAUAGACUAUGUUCAUUUUAUCAUUAUUUGCCAAUCUUUUGAAUACUAUUUACUUUCAAUUUUAACAUUUUUCUGGAUUUUGAAAUUUUGAAUUAGGUUUAACAUCUUCUUGGAUUUUGAAAAGAAAUAAUGAACUAUUUCAUAGUAAUAGGAUAAAUCCAAAAGUACAGCUAGAAAAAGUAGUGAAAUGUUAUGUUUAAAUUUUGCAGCUUUUUUAUAUUAUACACAAGGAUAUCAUUAGAAAGAAAAAGAAUGGGACAGUAUUUUUAGGAAAAGAUAAACAGUUUACUUGGAAGGGUUUUAAGAGGCAGUCUAAUAUUAGACCUUCACUAUGAAAUAUUUAUUAAGGGAAUACUUUUUCCAUGUAUGCUUGAUUUCUUAAGUACAUUUUUUAGUUACCAAAGACCUUUUUAAAAACUAAAAAAAAUCAUGCCAUUUGAGCAAAAACAUCAAUCAAAACAUUUGAGGAAAAAAAAAUUGUUGUUUUUUUCCCCAUCCACACUCCAAAAUUACAGUGGACAUUUUUAUAUCCAUUUAGGUUUCAAAUGGAGAGAAUAAUAUGUACACAGUACCUUUUAUGAAGAAAAAAUUUUUUUUGAAAUAUCUUUUUAUAAUACAAAAACUCAAGGCUUUAUUUAUCAAAUACUGUCUUAAUCUGCUCAUUCCAAAUUUUAUUAUAAUUUAUUAAAGUUAUAUGCAAUAUAACAAUUUAAGAAAAAAGAAUUGUAGAAUUGCCCAGUGAUUACCUCUGAUUAGUAAAUUUCAUCACCUAAGUUAACUGUGAUAAUUCUUAAAAAUGAAUUUUGACAUAAAGUAUUACUUUAGAAAUCAUUCACAUCUCUGAACCUUAUAAAAAAACUGAACUAUAGAAUAUACAAAAUUUGUUUUCCUCCAUUUGCUUAAUUACAUGAACCAUAAGUGUAUUUGACCUAUGUUUGCCUCCUAAAUCCUUCAGUCAUUGUACAAGGUGGGCAGUUAUAAAAAUGUGAUCAUUUUGCUGAAAAAUGUUUUGCCAUAAAUAUCUAAAUUACAUAUUUGAUUAAAUGAUUUAAGGUACAUUUUUAAGAUUGUAUAAGUUAUUUUUUUUAGUUUCAAUGAUUUUUAAAGGCUAAAAUUUGUGCCUUACUUAAAACAUAAAAUUGAUAGUUGUUCAUAAAUUUUAAAUCCUUUGCUACUGCCAAAAUAGCCAAAAAAGUAGUCAACACUGGUAUUUCAAGCCAUUAAUUUAUACCUAUAUUCAUGUAGUCAGUAUGUCUUCAUAAUGUUGUAGGUAAUUUAAUAACAAUAGUCCAGGAAAUAAACUAAUCUUAAUUUCUUCUUUUUUUCUUGUUUUUUAAAAAGUAUUGAUGAUUGAUGAUAAAAUCGAAAUUGAAUUUAUAAAUUUCUCUCUUCUAUUGAAGAAAAUUGCCAUGAAAGAAUUUUUAGAGAAAUUAGGAUUUUAUUGCCUACCACGAAUUCCCUUUUGAAUUUGCUAUUCUUCCUCAGCAAAGUCUUGGCCAUUAUUUAAUUGAUGUCCACACAGAGUUUUGUAUGUUUUAGACUUUGAUCCAAUUGUCCUGUUAUCAGAUAUACUGUAUUUAAGAGGAAAGAGGAAGGAAAGGAAAAUUAGAAACAGGAAAAUGGCAGACUUAGAAACUGUAAUUUUGUUUUAAAAAGAAGUGACACAUUUAAUGAUUAUAUCUUUUUGAGUAUAUCUUUACUUAUGUAAAGUUAUAAAUAUAGAACAGGAUUUUCUUUUGUGAUUAAAUAUUUAACAUUUCAGUCAUUCAGUAAAUAUUAUUUGAGUACCAAGUAUGUGUAAGGUAUUUUGCUAGACUGUGGAGAAUUUAUAAAAUUGUACUGAUGACAAUCGUUGCCCUCAAGGAAUUUGCAGUCUAAGGUAAAAUGAAAAGUAUUUCAUAUCCUUAAGGUAAUAUUAAUUUUAUCUAAUAAGCAUUAAUUUAUCUAAAAAGUGUGAUCAUCAAUUUUUAAAAAUUGUAUUUUGUGUAGAAGUCACUAAAAGGUUCAAAGUUUUCUCAGAAAAAAAGUAGGGAAAGGCUUCUGUAAAUGAUCAAACUAAAGAAUCUUGUGACUAAAGAUCUUUAGAAGGUUUUCCCAGCUUUAAGCACUCAUUUUGGUAUAAUAUGCUACUAUAAUGUUGACUUCCAAGACUGUCAUUAAAGUCUAUUGAAUGAGAAUAUCUUUUUAACACAAAUUGUACUAAAUUAUUGUAAAAGUUUAAUCAAGAAAAAGAGACCUGCUGUUGGUCUUUAUGUCAAUAUGACAAAUUCAAAUUAAUAGAGGUUCCCUUUUUUAUGGAUUGCCUCUUAGUCUAUCAGUAAAAAACACAUUCAUCCCUUUAUCUGAUGCAUAAUUUUUACUUAAUACUGUAGUAGUCUUACUAUAUACCUUCGGGAAUGCCAUUGAAUUGCAUCGUUUUUUUGGAAAACUGGGUAGAUUUAUAACAAAGGCAAAAGUUAUAUUUACCAAGAAAGACACAAUAUAAGUUUAUUUGUUUUUUAAAAUAUGUCUUAUUAUUCUAAACAAAUUAGCUACCCUAAAAUCAGCUAUUUUGGUUUUGUUCUUGUUUUUGUUCAUUUUGAAACACCUUGCUCCUUGGUAAAUCAGAAAAUAAAUUCAAGAAUGUUAAAUUCAGGUUUUAUUGCCCAAAACAAAGAACCCACAGACACAUACACAAAGAACAUUCCCUCAUAUACACUUCUAAGGUAGGGAAUAUUUUCAAAAAAAUCCUUGUAUCAGUAUUGCCACUUUUCCCAUCUAGAUUCCAAUAAUAAUGUUUCUUUUUUUUUUUUAAGAGAUGGUGUUGCUUUUUUGAACAAUUUAAUAUUUUGAUCUAGUUGUAAUAGGAAAUUAUGUGGCUUUAUAGGGAAGUGUAUUAGAUUUUAAAAUUAAUAGGAUUUUGUGCAAUAUUUUUUCUUUAAUAAUUUAGUUGAAACAAAAACAUAGAUCUGUUUUCUAGAAGAUAAAGGUCACGUUUUUCAGUUAUGUACAAAUAUAUGUAGCAUUGUUCAUUGUGAUUAUGGAAGAAAAGUAUGUGAUGUAUGUUGUUGGUAGACAAGAUGUUGUCAUUUAUUUAAAAUUAAUAUGCGCCUCACAUUGUGGUGUAAUAAUGGUCUUAGCAACAGGAAAAUAUGCAAUAAGAAAAUAAUGUACCUAAGAUUAAUACAUUUAGUACCAUGAAUCAAAAAGUAUUAUACUUUGUAACAAAUAUGCUUAAUCAAAUGUACAUUUAAGAUUCUAAUUGCUGUAUUUGUCAGGUAAUUCCUAAGCAAAUUAUUCAUUUCUGCACCAUCUAAAUUACAUAGUAUUUUUAUGGCGAUGAACACAUAUUCAGAUUGUGACAUCCCUUAUUGUGAUAUGUCUUUGCUAAGGUUCAUAAAGGGCAUUGCUUAUACUUUUUGAUUCUCUGUAAAUUAGGUGAAUUUUUCUUGUAUGUAUGUACAGUUUGUUUAACCCUAGAGCUUCUAUAGAUUCCUACUUUUAUUAUACUUGAAUAAGGUAAAAAAGCACUGUGGAAAAUCUGUAGUUCUGGAUGCAAUAUGCAAAUACACCAAACAAACAAAUCAGGUACUGUAUAAUUAAGAUAAUCUUUUUUGUUUCACUUCAGUGUUUUGCAUUCAAGAAUCUAUGUGUAAAAUAUAUUUAGUUUUAAAAAAUC